AUAGAGCGUAACCUUGACUCGGCUCGCUGGUUGGAUUGGGAGAGAUGAAGGGUUUGGUUGUGAUUGUGGUGUUGGCUUUGGCUUUGAGUUUGGGUGCUUCAGCGGAGCAAUUGAGUUCGAGAGAAUGCGAGAAUCUUGGUUUCACCGGACUCGCCUUAUGCUCUGACUGCAAUACUCUCUCCGAGUAUGUCAAGGACAAAGAUUUGGUGUCCGAUUGUCUCAAGUGUUGCACGGAAGACUCCAAUGAUGCCACUACCAAGAUUACGUACUCUGGAGCUUUGUUGGAAGUCUGCAUGAGGAAACUUGUUUUCUAUCCGGAAGUUGUUAGCUUUAUUGAAGAGGAAAAAGAUCAGUUUCCAUCUGUAAAAGUUCAAUAUGUUUUUAACUCUCCACCAAAGCUAAUUAUGCUUGCUGAUGCUGGUCAACAAAAAGAAACAAUCAGGAUUGAUAAUUGGAAACGUGAGCAUAUACUGCAGUUCCUGCGAGAGAAGGUGAAGCCUUUGGCAGCUGAUUGAGAAUCUUUAACCCAUUUUCUGGCAUACUCUGGACUCAUUCCCAUUUACAGAAAAAGCGUAGGAGUAUAUACAGUAUGACUUGGACGAGUGAAUUAAACUUGCCCUGUUUGAGUAACCUGAAUAACAUAAAAUGAUGAUAACUUGGUCAGUUUCGGAUAAUUAAGUUUUGUGACAAUAUACGAUGCUUUAUUUUUUCCAGAUUUUAUGGCAGCUGUAGAAUGAUGUGUUAACUGCUGUCUUGUAAUAUUUGAUUGGUGACAAGCAUGUUUCAGUUUUCAUCAGUUAAAAUGCGUGAAUAGGUUAUGUAAUUCAUUGAAGAAAAAAAAAAGAAAAAUUCUGAACAUUCAUGUAAUUUUUCUGUCAUGUUUGGAUGUGAAAUUUUAGAAAUUUAAGAAA